AAAAUUUAAAAAAAUAUUAUUCCUUGUAAAAUUCAUUAUCGACGUUUAUAAAAUUUUUCGAAAGUCAUGUUACAACACGUGACUUUAAAAAUAUAAGUAUGCUGAGUAAGUAAUAACUUGAUAACAUGAAAAAUACUUAUUGGGCAAUGACUCCGUAGCGGUUCGACAAACAUAUUUAGUUUGCUGUAGUACGAACGCGGCUCAAGCAUAUAAAAAUAUUUAAGAACAUAAAUACGUGUUAAGAUGUUAACGUGGUUGGAGAAGAUCUUUUUGAUUGUCCUGAUCGUAGUGGCGGUAAAAAUAUUGAUAAAAGGAGCCCAUUUGAUAUGGAAAAAAUUAUUAGCACCUAAUCUAGGUUUGGGUAUAGAUCUAACGAGUCAAGGAAAGUGGGCAAUAAUCACAGGUGCAACGGACGGUAUCGGAAAAUCUUUCGCCAAUGCUCUUGCUAGCAAAGGUCUCGAUAUCGUCUUAGUCUCGAGAUCAUUACCAAAGCUUAAAGAUGUCGCAAGCGAAAUAAAAGAGAGAUAUGGAGUUAAAACUUGUAUCGUUGUGGCUGAUUUAACACAAGGUCCAACAAUUUAUUCUAAGAUUGCCAAAGCUACGGAGGAACUCGAGGUUGGCAUUUUAAUUAACAAUGCUGGAAUGAGUUACGAAUAUCCGGAACUUUUUACCAAGAUACCAGAAGAAACUCUAAAUAAUAUAAUGCAAUUAAAUAUCGUUGGUCUUACCGGUAUCAGCAAGAUGAUUCUACCAAGAAUGCUACUACGAAAAAAGGGUGUCAUAAUUAAUGUAAGUUCGUUGUCGGGGAUGGAUAUUCCAAGUCCAUAUUUGACAGUCUAUGCGGCCAGUAAAGCUUAUGUCAUUAAAUUCAGCACCGAUUUAGCUGCGGAAGUAGCUCAGAAUGGUAUUACCAUACAAUGUAUUGUUCCUGGACCUGUUGCCACUAAGAUGACCAAAGUCAAAAAACCAACGUGGAUGACACCGACUGCUGAUAAGUUUGUCGAAGCUACUUUAAAAACAGUGGGAAUCGAGUCUUUAACAACAGGAUAUCUACCGCACUAUUUAGUGUACGGAUUUAUGAAAACGUUGACAUGCGUGUGUGAGAAGGGUGCAAUGUGGUUAGUGACCAGAACGAUGCUCAAUGUAAAAGGACGUUCUCUCCGGAAAAAGAUGAGGGAACAGGAGCAAAUGAAAGAAGCAUUGAAAUGAUAUUGCUUUUCGUCCUAUAUAUAUAUAUAUAUAUAUAUAUAUAUAUAUAUAUAUAUAUAUAUAUGUACAUAAAUACAAUUUUCAAAUCAAAAUUUUUUUCAAAUUUUCAUCGUUGCUUUAGCGAGUGAUGAUUGCAAAACUUAAAUACAAAAUGUAUUUAAUUUUU